CUUUUAUCGCCUUUCCACUCAAAGUUCUGCAUCAUGACCACCUACCCUCGCCCCGACUUCGAGCGCACCAGCUUGCGUUGGAAAUCAUUGAACGGCCCAUGGGACUUUCUCUUCGACGAUGACGAUUCGGGCUUGUACGAGCGCUGGCAGCUCAAGGGCCUCCCUUCGCAGGUGUUGGUGAAGGGAUUUCAGUCGUCCGAAGCUACUCAGGGUGCCGACAGCGAGAGCAUCACUCACAAGAUCGCUGCCGGCACGCAGACGCUGCUGAAAGACAACCUGGCCCUCCGCAGCAAGGGUGCUGCGACUAACGAGAAACGUCAGAUCCAGGUGCCUUUCGUGUUUCAAUCGCCGGCUUCCGGGAUCAAUGAGCGCGGUGAUCACGAGGUUCUUUGGUAUGAACGCAGCAUUGAGGAUAUCCGCACUGUGGAUGAAAAGAGUAGGGGCGACAGGGUUUUGCUGAGGUUCGGUGCGGUUGACUACGAGGCUAAGGUGUGGCUGAACGGCCAGUAUGUCGGAGGCCACAGGGGCGGUCACGUGCCGUUCGAGAUCGACAUCAGCGACGCUCUUGAGUCCGCCUCGCCGGGCCCGCAACGCCUGACUCUGCGCGUGUAUGACUCCGCCUAUGACCUGACGCAGCCUCGCGGAAAGCAAUACUGGGGCGCGAAACCCGAAAGCAUUUUCUACACGCCAUCGGGCGGCAUCUGGCAAUCUGUUUGGCUCGAAACGGUCCCGACAGCCAGGAUCGCAGACAGCAGCCGUGGAACCGUCUUGAGGUCUAACGACAUCGAGAGCGGAGACCUCCACGCCAGGAUUGCCGUCUUGGGCAGAAGAGCGGGCCACAAGUGUGGUGUGGAGCUGGAAGCGAGCAUCGGGGGUGUCGUAGUCGGCAAGUCUGAAAGGAAGACUCUGCCCAAGGAGACGGAUCAUGUGAACCUCGAUCUCAACUUGCGUCUGUCGAAGGAGCAGUCAGCUAGCUUGCCGGGCUCAUUCACCCAGGAAGCGCCGUUGGAAAAUGAUCGCUGCUGGCUCAAUGGCCUGGCGCUGUGGUCGCUUGAGCAUCCUUUACUGUACGACAUUACUCUGCGGCUCUUCGACUCCUCCGACAAUGUUGUAGAUGAAGUGAAAACCCAGACCGGCAUGCGGUCACUUGAUUGGACUACUGGAGAGGGCGCGCUCAAAAUUAACGGCAGGCCCGUUUUCCAAGCGCUCUGUUUGGACCAAGGAUAUUGGCCCGACACGUUCUUGACGCCGCCAUCAGCGGACAGCUUGAAGGCAGACAUUGUGCUCGCGAAGAAGAUGGGGCUCAACGGCUGCCGGAAGCACCAGAAGGUGGAAGAUCCCAUCUUCCUCUAUUGGGCUGAUCGGUUGGGCUUCCUGGUGUGGGGAGAGUUUGCCAAUGCUUACGAGUUCGGUCUGGAUUACAUGGACAGAAUCAACCAGGAGUGGAUGGAGGCGGUCAACCGGGACAUCAACCACCCAUCUAUCGUCACCUGGACACCCGUAAACGAAAGCUGGGCGUACACAUCCCUCAAAGACAACGUGCAGCAGCGGAACCACAUCCGGGCUCUCUACUACUUGACCAAGUCUGUUGAUCCCACGAGGCCGAUCAACGACAACUGCGGGUGGGAGCACGUCUGCACAGAUAUAACUUCCUUCCACGAUUACAGCGAUUCUCCCGCCUUGACCAAGACUUGCUCCACUAUGGAAGGCAUCCUUGGGCCGAAGGCUGGCCGAGGCAUGUUUGUUGCUCCUAUUCCAGGCGUUGACCCGGGCUCAGAAUACCGUCCGGGCAGUGUGGUCAUGAACACGGAGUUUGGUGGCGUCAACAUCGCCAUGGAUGCCGGAAAUAAGGACAGCGAGUGGGGCUACACGACUGCGAGCGACCCGGAGGAUCUGCUCAAGAGGCUCCAGCUACUCAUGAACGGAAUUGUCCAAGAAGGCCACUGCAGUGGCUUCGUAUAUACCCAGCUCGCGGAUAUCGAGCAGGAGACCAAUGGUCUCUACACAUUUGACCGCAAGGAGAAGCUGGAGUCCGCGAAGGUAAAGGCGGUUAUGGAUGACGCACAAAAGAUCUUCUACAAGAGCCGUGGGAUUUAAUCAUGUAAAUAAGCUCUUGGAGAUAAUUCUGGGUUAGAGAAGCAGCCGCCCUUCUAGAGCUCUUCUUUCCCCACAGAUGACUCGUCGACGCAACGUUUCGCUUACUCGACUCGUAUCGGUAGAUCAUAGUGGACCAUCUGCGAUCUAUAUGACUUGAUUGGGAGAUUUCUUUGAGUUUUUCGCAACUUCAUGUCUAUCCUGCAGUCAAUAAUUUGCGCCGAGAAGCUGUUGGUUCCUUCAUUGUCGGCGUCCCUCAACAUUCAGUAGAUACUACUAGCGACUUAGCCAAAUAAACUUUCGAGGUGCU